GUGAAGCUUGUCGGCGACAUCCACGGCCAGUACGCGGACCUGCUCCGCGUCUUCGACGAAUUUGGUUUUGGCGCAGGCCCCGGCGACGUCCGCUACCUCUUCCUCGGCGACUACGUUGACCGUGGCGCGCACGGGCUCGAGUGCGCGCUGCUCCUCCUCUGCUCCACACUGUUUUGGUCGGGACGUCCCAAACCGGCGGUCGAUUUCCCCACAGGCGGGACCCAUGAGUGCGCGGCGAUCAACCGCAUCUACGGCUUCUGCGACGAGUGCAAGCGCGCCUACGCCCUGAAGGUCUGGAAGCAGUUCAACGACGUCUUCAACUGCAUGCCCGUCGCCGCCGUCGUCGACGCGAAGAUCUUCUGCGUCCGCGGC